UUUCAGUUUUACAUUUGUUUUCAGCGUGUGUAGUCGUUGAUGGGGUUCGUGUAUGAAUUGUGACAUAAAGGGCGUCGUUUUUUGUACAUACAACUAGUUAUAUAAAAAAAUAAUUGAAACUGCAACAAAUUAUAUUGUCGAAACAUAAAUAUAUAUAACGUGCUUAAAAAGUUAAUAAUGUUUAACCUCAAGAAUAUCUUAAUAUGAGGACUCAAAAUUAUGCUUAUACAUUCCAAUGCAUUUCAAUAGUAUUGAAGUUACUUGUGCUGUCAUGGUCCAUCGUCCAGACUUCUUGCAGUGCUCAUAAUGACUGGAACUCAAAUAGUGUGGAAAAAGUUAAAGAAAACAUAUUUAAAUUUACUAGAAAUGCAUACAACGUAACCAUUCCAGAAAAUAGCAUUGGUAAAACCUAUGCGAAACCAAAAGUAUACGACUAUAGAAUUGGCAUAGAAAUCCAAAAAAGAUGUGCAGUCAAUUUUCGAAUUGUUUCUGGAGAUAAAGAUAAACUCUUUAAAACUGAGGAGAGAAUAAUCGGAAAUUUUGCAUUUUUGGCUAUUAGAACUAGAACCAGCAACGUGGUAUUAAACAGAGAAAAAAAUGAAGAAUACGUUUUGAAUAUUAAAGCAUUUAUAUCAUGUCCAGAAAUUAAACCUAAAUUGACUUAUGAGGAUGAAUGCACAAUGUAUCUUCAAGUACUUGAUCGUAAUGAUUUAAGUCCUCUAUUUUAUCCCACUGAAUACUCUGCUACUAUAUCAGAGGAUCUUCCAAUACAUAGCAGUAUUUUAACUGUAACUGCCGAAGACGCAGACCUUGGAUUAAAUGGAGAAAUUUAUUAUAGUUUCUUGGAUGAUAGCCCUUACUUUGUUAUUCACCCUUCCACUGGUGUUAUAUCAAAUGUAAGACUCUUGGAACAUUUAGGAGAUCAACAACUCGAAAUUGUUGUUCUAGCUGUUGACCGAGGAUCAGCUCUUAACCAUUACAAUCAUCAGUCUAGUAAAGCUAAAGUUCAUAUUAGUAUACAAAAGACAAAUUUAUUUGCUCCUGAAAUACAUAUUACCACACUCUCAAAUACAGUUGUUAACGAAAGUAUAAUUGCUGAAAAUAAAGUAUAUGGCAUUAUACAGGUAUUUGAUAAGGACAGUGGCCGCAAUGGAGAGAUAAAUGUAGUGAAAAUAACAUCCGGUGAUCCCAACGGCAACUUCCGUCUAACCGAAACUGAAACAAAAGGGGAAUAUUAUAUAAACUUGAAUAAGUUAUCUACAUUUAAUAAUUCCAGAAAUGUUUUUAACUUAACUAUUAGAGUAGAAGAUAAUGGAAUUCCUAUGAAAUUUAGCUAUAAAGUUGUUCCAAUUAUUAUUAACGUGGAAAAAAAUAAUGGUCCUGUUUUUACAAAACAGUUUUACGAAGUCUCUAUACCAGAAACUUCUCCACCAAAUAUGCCGGUGAUACGAUUAAAAGUAACUGACCCCGAUUUUGGCAGAAACGCAUUAGUAACAUUAGAAAUAGUAGGAGGUAACGAAGGAGGGGAAUUCAGAAUUAAUCCUGAUUCUGGAAUGUUAUAUACACAAAAAGCUUUAGACGCAGAGAAAACUUCAUUUUAUACCCUUACUGUAACCGCCAUUGACCAGGCAAACUUAGGAGUUCGAAAGCAAUCCUCUGCUAAAGUAAAAAUUAAUAUUUUAGAUAUAAAUGACAAUGAUCCUAUAUUUGAUGAUAACGUAUCAACAGUCUCUUUAAAUGAAAAUGAACUUGCCGGAACAUUUGUUACAAAAGUAUCAGCUAGAGAUAAUGAUUCUGGGGAGAAUUCGUAUAUUUCUUAUAGUAUAGCGAAUCUUAAUGAUGUUCCAUUUGAUAUAGAUCAUUUUAGUGGAGUAAUAAGAACAAGUUCCCUAAUAGACUAUGAAGUUAUGCGUCGCUCGUAUAAAUUAAGAAUCAGAGCGUCCGAUUGGGGAUUACCUUUUCGAAGGCAAACCGAAAAGGAAAUUUUAAUAAAAAUAAAUAAUAUAAAUGAUAACAGACCUCAAUUUGAACGAGUUAAUUGUGUUGGUAAAAUAUCUCGAAAUGCUCCAGUUGGAACCGACAUCUUUACAUUAUCCGCCAUCGACUUUGAUGUUGGUGAUUACAUAACAUAUCGUUUACUAUCUGGAAACGACGAUGGCUGUUUUAACCUAGAUCCAACGACAGGCAUUAUAACAAUUGGCUGUGAUCUAAAGGAUGUGCGGUCAUCUCAUCGCUUCUUGAAUGUAUCUUCUACUGAUGGAACACAUUUUUCGGAUGAAAUGACUAUUGAAAUUAGGCUUUUAGGAAAUCAAAUGUAUGAAAUUCUUACAAAUAUUGAUGAAAAUGGCUACACCAGUUUUGAAUGUCACGAAACGGGAAUUGCUAAAAAGUUAGCAGAUACUUUAGCAGCUUCGGAACGAAAUAAUAUGGGUGAUAAGGAGAUAAAUAGCGAUGAAUACAUUUUAAUGCCAAGUAGAUAUGGCCAAAACUUACACAACCCAGAAUUCAUUAAUUUUCCUAUGGAAUUAAAAAUUAACGAAAGUCUUACCUUAGGGGAAACUAUUAUAUGGUUUAAAGCAAAGGACAGAGAUUUGGGUUAUAACGGCAAACUAAUUUUUGGAAUAUCAGAAGGUGACUUUGAUUCAGUAUUUCGUGUUGAUCCUGACAGCGGAGAGUUACUUUUAAUAGGAUACCUAGAUAGAGAACGCCAGGAUGAAUACGUUUUAAAUAUAACUGUUUGUGAUUUAGGACAGCCCUGUAAAUGUGCUUCAAAAAUGUUAACCGUGACAAUUUUAGAUGUUAAUGAUAAUCCACCAGUGAUUCAGAAAUCGCUUGCCAGAUUCCAUUUAAGGGAAGAUGUAGACAAUAAAACACAAAUAUUUUGCCUGAAAGCAACUGAUGCUGAUUUUGGAGUAAAUGCUUUAAUUGAAUUUAAAAUGAAAACAGAAACAACCAACUUUGCAUUAAAUUUUACCACUGGAUGUUUAUUUGUAAAUGGAAAACUUGAUAGAGAACAAACUGAAGAACAUAAACUCAAAAUUGUUGCUAAAGACAAAGGUUAUCCUUCACUUUCGGCAGAAGCUGUAAUUACUAUUAUUGUGGAUGAUGUAAAUGAUAAUCCUCCCAUUUUCGGAGUUCAAGAAAUACUUUUUAAAGUUCGUGAAGAUCUCCCCAAAGGAACAAUGAUAGCACAAAUUGAAGCAAGUGACUUUGACUCCGGUAUAAAUGGGGAAAUUUUAUUUUUUCUAAAAGAAGAGACUCUUAAUAAUUCGUUAUUUAAAAUUGAUAAACAUAGUGGUGUUAUUCGGACUCAGGGUUAUUUAGAUUAUGAAAAUCAGCAAGUACACAAUCUUAUGGUUUGCGCAAUAGAUCGGGGAACACCUGCUCUUACAUCAAAUAUGCCAGUUGUGGUUGAAGUAAUAGACGUCAACGAAAAUCGCUAUGCUCCUGAAUUCGACGAUUACGUAUUUGUAAGUAAAAUUAAGGAGAAUAGUCCUAAGGGAACUGUGGUUAUGAAUAUAUCGGCCAAGGAUCUAGAUGAAAAAGGCCCUAAUUCUGAAAUUGAAUACUUCAUACGCAGUGGUGAUGGACUUGGGAUAUUUUCUGUUAAUGAUAAAGGUUCUAUUCGAACGUUGUCGCAUCUUGAUGUUGAAUCGAAAAAAUUUUACUGGCUAACAUUAUGUGCUCAAGAUGGUGCAAUUGUUCCCUUGGUUAGCUGUGUGCAGGUCUACAUAGAAGUCGAAAAUGUAAAUGACAAUGUGCCACUGACGAAUAAACCCGUAUACUAUCCAAUAAUAAAAGAAGGAAGUCCUCCAAAAACAAGAGUUAUUUUAUUAAACGCUACUGAUGAUGAUGAAGAUCCUGCCACACUUAUAACUUAUAAAAUAAUAUCUGGAAAUCCGGAGGGAUUUUUUGAGAUAAAUAAAACAACAGGUGAACUUUUAACAACAGAGAGGAAAUUGGACAGAGAAAAUCAAGCAGAACAUAUAUUGGAGAUUUACAUUUCGGACAACGGCCAACCGGCCUUAUAUUCUACAACUAGAGUUGUCGUAUUAGUUGACGAUAUCAAUGAUAAUGUCCCACAAUUUGAUCAACGUUUUUAUAAAGUACAAGUCCCUUCGUCUAUUAUAACGAAUGUGUCAAUUACACAGAUUCAAGCAACAGAUAAUGAUAUCGGUGAUAAUGGAAAAAUAUCUUAUUCCAUAAAAUCGGGCAAAGGAAAAAAUAAAUUCCGCAUAAAUCCUGAAACCGGCUUAAUUUAUGUCAUCAAACCAUUGGAUCCUGAUGGUGAAUAUGAGUUGGUUAUUAAGGCGGAAGAUUAUGGAUUACCAAGAAAAAGUCAAACAGCAAGAUUAAAUGUCGUAGUUAUACCGAUAUUAGAAGAAUCAUCCUUCCCACCGAAAAUUAAGACUGAGAAUAAUGUUGUUGAAGUAACUGAAAGUGACAAACCAGGAUUUCUUGUGACACUAAUACAGGCUACAGAUGAAGACAGUGAUCAUUUGUGGUACAACAUAAGUGGUGGAAAUGAAAAUAAUGAAUUUUAUAUUGGACAUGAUAACGGAAAUGUUUUAUUAUCCAAAUCCUUAAACUGGGAGUUUCAAAAAUUUUACAAUUUAACUAUAAGCGUCGCUGAUGGAACAAAUGUUGUUGAAACUAAAUUAUAUGUCCAUGUGGUUGAUACGAAUGACAACAGACCACAGUUCACAAAAGAAUUAUAUAUUGUUAAUAUCUCGGAGAGUGUCAAAGAAGAAUCAAUAAUAAUGCAGUUACACGCAACUGAUGACGAUGAAGAAAAGAAAAUAUUUUAUACUUUACAUGGUUCUAAAGAUCCAUCAUCUUUACAUUUUUUUCGGAUUGACUCGGUGACAGGAAAUGUCAUAGUGACGCAGAGAUUAGACUAUGAAAGGAUAAAACGUCAUGUGUUAACUGUUAUUGCAAAAGAUCAAGGAACACCAGCUAAAAGAAAUUAUGCAAAAAUAAUUAUCAAUGUAUAUGAUCACAAUGAUCAUUACCCAGAAUUUACGAGCAAAAUACUCCAAAGUAAAAUUCCGGAAAGCUCAGCAAUUAAAUCCAAAGUUGCACAACUAAAUGCAAUAGAUCGAGACAGCGGUAAGAAUGGCGAAAUUAGAUAUCAUAUUGUGAGUGGUAAUGUAGGAAAUAUUUUCGAGAUUGAUAACAUUCUUGGAACAAUAUAUCUUUCACAAAACCUUGACAUACUACAGAUGCAAGAAUAUAUGCUACAAGUGAAAGCAGUAGAUUGUGGAAAUCCUCCAUUAUCAUCUCAAAUACCAGUUCAUAUAAUUGUAACAAUGGCAGAUAAUGAUCCUCCAAAAUUUAAUUCACCUACAUCAUCAAUUGAGUUAUAUGAAAAUCUUCCGGUAGGAUAUUUCGUAACUAAAUUGGAGACCAGAUCAUCGUCAUCCGUUUUUUAUAAUAUAGUUGAAGGAAACGAUGAAGGCUUUUUUUACAUAAACCCCUCCACUGGCGUUAUAUUGGUGAAUUCAAAAAUUGAUUACGAAAAUAAUAGGCAGUUCAAUCUAACAAUAAAGGGAACGAAUAUGGCGUCGGCAUCAUCGAUUCAUAAUGUUAUUGUUCACAUUUUAGAUGUUAACGACAAUAUUCCAAUUUUUAUUCAAACAGACUAUUAUGGCAAAAUAUCAGAAUCCUCCGAACCAGGAACUUACGUCUAUUGCAACGAUAGUCAAAACAGUUUAAUUUUCUUAAAAACUUUGGAUGCUGAUGCUGGUCAAAAUAGCAUUUUAGAAUUCACUAUAUUGGAUGAAAUAUCACGUCAAUAUUUUGAAAUUGAUUCAACAACUGGGACGAUAAAGCUUUUGCAGAAAUUAGAUUAUGAAUCUAAAACAUAUUUCCAAUUUAAUGUUGUG